AUGAAGCUUUCUUACACGCUCACCUUUGGGCUCUUGACCGUGCCUGGUGCGGUGGCCUGGGGCAGUCUGGGACACAUUACCACGGCCUUCAUUGCUAGUCACUUUGUCUCCAACACGACCGAAGCCUACUUCAAGACCCUGCUCCGCAAUGACGAGCCCGACUACCUCGCCAGCGUUGCCUCGUGGGCCGACUCGAUCCGCUACACGAAAUGGGGACGCUUCACAAAGAACUUUCACUUUAUCGAUGCGCACGACAACCCGCCCUUCUCGUGUGACGUCGACUACGAGCGUGACUGCAAGGAGUCGGGCUGCGUCAUCAGCGCGCUGGCCAACUACACGGACCAGUCCCUCGACCCGACGCUGGCACCGUGGUUGCGAGCCCAGGCUGCCAAAUUCGUCGUGCACUUUGUCGGUGACCUCCACCAACCCUUGCACAACGAAGACGUCGCUCUGGGUGGCAACCGCAUCUAUGUGAAGUGGGAUGGGAGAGACUACAAUCUGCACCACGUCUGGGACACGUCCAUUGCGGAGAAAUGGCUCGGUGCGCACGGAAAGCCGUACCCCAUUGCGCUCAGAUGGGCCAACGCGCUUGCGGUGGAAAUCAGCGACGGCAAGUUCGCAGAGGAGAAGGACGGGUGGCUGAAGGAGCUGGACUUUGAGGAUUCCAUCGCCACGGCGAUGGCAUGGUCGAGGGAGUGCAAUGCAUUUGUGUGCACGCAUGUCUUCCCCGAGGGUCCGGCGGCCAUUGCUGGACAGGAGCUUGGCGGAGCGUACUUUGACGCGGCAGGACCUGUCGUGGAAAGGCAGGUCGCCCGAGCUGGAUACCGCAUGGCCGUCUGGCUGGAUCACAUUGCCGAUGAGUUCCAGAAACGUUAUCCGGAUUACCUGAACGAGCUCUAG